AUGUUCUCCAGAUCGACUGCCCGUGCAGCUCGCACCAUUCAAAGCAGAGCAACUUUCAGACAGGCUGCACGACGAAACUACGCCACAGAGAAUGCCGGAACUAGCAAUAGCAGCGGCGUUGGACCCGGUGUUGUCGGAGGUCUCAUGGGAGCUGGAAUCGCAUUCUCAGCGGUCUACGGCUGGUACUACUUCUCAGGAGCAAAAACUGCCGUCAACACCGCUCAACAGGCCAAGAGCUAUGUCGACUACGGAAGCGAGCAACUGAAGAAGACCCUCCAAGAAGCUACCCCGGACUCAGCCGAGGGCGUCAUUGCAAAGCUCAAGGAAGUCUCUCUGUCAUACGCUGGAUGGAUUCCGGGCGGUCGCCAAUACGUGGACUCCGCGUUCAAGGACUUGGAGGAGGUGCAGAAGAAGCAUGGCGAUGAGGUCAACCAGAUUGUCAAGGCAACAUACGAGGAGAUCAAGGAAGUAUCGAGAAAAAAAGGUACUUCACUCGAGAUUGCCAACGACGUGUGGAGCAUCCUCUCUCGGCGCUUUCAGGAACUCGCAUCCCUUGCCGGCGACUCCGCGCAGCAGAUUCUUGCAAACCACCCGGAAGUCGAGAAAAAGUUGGGCGGCUCAUACCAGCAACUCAAGGACCUUGGCGACAGAGUAGGACCAGAUGCGAAGAAGAAAAUUGAUGAGACCUGGUCGGAGGUGUCUCAGAUCGCCAAGUCAGGCUUCUCAGCCGACUCUGUCGAUAAGAUUCGAAAACUCAUCCAGGAGAAGGUCGAGGAGGUGAAGCAGCUUGGAGACCAAGCCUGGAACAAGGCAUGGGAGGAGCAGAUCAAGCCUGCUUUGGACAAGAAUCCCCAAGUGAAGGAGCUGGUCGAGAAGAACAUGGACACCUUGAAGAACGGGAACAUCUCGGAAGCCAUCCAAAAAGUCACCUCUGCAGUGUCCAGCGGUAAUACCAUGGACCUCGAGAAUUACGUGAAGAAUGCCGCAAACAAGGCUGAGCAGUUCUCAAGUGGGUCAAUCAGCAAGUGGUUGAACAUGGUACCCGGCGGCAGUGAAAUUCUGCCUCAACUCAUGAAGCUGAAGGAGGCCGCCGAGAAGAGAGGGCCAGAGGCUGAGCAGCUCACCAAGGACACACUCAGUGAGCUCCAGCAGGUCCUCCAGAAGCGCAGCAAACAGGCCGAGGACCUAGCCAAGGAUGUGAAGAACGACUCGUCGUGA